AUGGAAUUAAAUUUUAUGAUAUUCCCAGCUCCAAGACUCUCCUACCGUGAGGAACAUUUGAGAGAACUUGUCAAGAUUCCUUAUUAUGAUGAUUUAUUUAAGUUUCAGCAAACAUCGCCUAAAACUCGAAUUUAGUUUCAUAAAAUGGAUCCUUUUAAACCUCCAGAGGAAGUUCCAAAUGAUGUUAGUUAGCUUUCAAUCUAUGAUGAUUAAGUUGAUGAGCUUCCUAGCCAAAGAAUUCCUCAUAUGAAUAAGACUAUUUCUGUAAGUAGACAACAAAAUAUGUUCACAGUUUAAGAAAAUAGAAACAAUAUGAGAGUCUCAACUACUCCUCGUGUGAGUAGUAGCUCAAACACUUUUAAUUAAUUUAAUAAUAAUAGGAAUUAUAGAUGUUCAAAAUAAAUUCCAUGCUUGUAUUUAAAGGCUUCCAUUCCUACUAAAAAAACUAUAUUAUAUUUUCAUGCCAAUUGUGAGGACUUAUUGUCUUCCUAUAAUUUGGUGGACUUUAUAAGACACAAUAUGAAAAUGAAUGUUUUGUCAGUGGAAUAUCCAGGAUAUGGAUUGUAUUAAGGAUAUACAAACGAGGAAAAUAUUUUGAAAGAUGCUGAAUAUAUUUAUAAAUACGUUGCAUUUCACUCUGUAGUUGAAGAGAAAAAUAUGAUCGUGAUGGGUAGAUCGAUAGGAACAGGAGUAGCAUGUCAUUUGGCUUCGAUAUUUUAGCCUGGGCUUUUGGUUUUGAUCUCACCUUUUUUGUCAUUGUAAGAGAUUGUGAAUGAGAAGUACCCUUUAGUAAAGAAAAUGGUUAAGGAGAGAUUCGUUAAUAAAGAUAAAAUUCAAUAAGCAAAAUGCCCUGUUUUUAUUUUGCAUGGUCUAAAGGAUAACAUAGUUUCAGUUGAAUAAGGGAAGAAACUGUUUGACUUAUGCAAAAGUGCUUGUUUAUUGAGGACACCGCCUGAGAUGACACACACUAGAUUUCAAUUUGAGAAUGACUUGACUUUGCCAUUGCUAAACUUUAUGAGAUCGUUGAAUUUACUUUGA